GAUGGUUCUCAAACUGUAUGUAAGAAUUACCUGGGGCAUUUGUUUAAAUCAUUUCCACAGCCCUGAGCUCACAAAAUCUGAAGAAAUGACAGUGACGACCAGUAGCCAUCAUGUCUAGCAAAUGCACACAGAUGAUGUGGAUGCUUUGGAGUCCAUGGACCAGUUUUGCAGAAUUAUUGAACAUACGAUGACAACAGCUGAUAGCAGAGGCCGUGUCUCAUGUACUUUGGGCCAGCUUCCUUCAUCUUUGUGUUCUCUCUCAACAUUAGGAAAAUGGAAAUUAUCACAAGGACCAGAAGGGUGCUGGCCAGGAUGGUAUCAGGAUUGAAAAGCCAGAUCUCAUCUCAAAAUCCUUAACUUCAUGACACCUGCAAAAGCUCUUAAAACCCUGUAUCCAAAUAAGGUCAUAUCCUUAGGUUCCGCAGGUUAGGACUUAGAUAUAUCUUUUGGGGGUCACCUGUCAACCCCACUGCGUGUGGAACCAAGGACACUGAGGGACAGAUGUACUUUGCUAUUACAGAAGCCUUAGAAAACUAAUACAUUUGGCUUGUGGGUGCAUCACUACUGCAAUCUCUGCCCCCGUCUUCACGUCACCUUCUUCUCUGUGUUUGGUGUCUACCUUCCUCUGAUUCACUCAUAAACACCUGCCAUGGCGUUUGGGGCCAACCUUAAAUCUAGGAUAUGCUCAAAUCUUGAAAUUCUUAACUUUACAACAUUUGCAAAACCCCUCUUUCCAAAUAACGUUACAGUCACAGCUUCUGGGGGUUAGGACAUCCUCUUAAGUAAUCCCCUCAUGGGAAAUCACGGCAGCGUUACUUCCUCUUCAUCUUAACAGCAUUCACUGGGAAUGACAGCAUUGUGGUUUUGAGCCUCUGGACUGCGGGUGCCUGCAGCCCAGGUCACAGAAAGGGACCACUGGACUUCUGCAGCUCUGUGUCCUCUAUCUGGAGCCCACAGGCGUGCCCCUUUGAUGACACACUCUCUGUGCUGCACGGUUUGGCUGCUCACCAAACUGUUUGGAGCUUUCUGCUAUGGCCCAGCAGGACGCGCCCAAGCCCACUCCCGCAGCCCGCCGCUGCUCCGGCCUGGCCCGACGGGUGCUAACCAUCGCCUUCGCCCUGCUUAUCCUGGGCCUCAUGACCUGGGCCUACGCUGCCGGGGUGCCGCUGGCCUCCGAUCGCUAUGGCCUCCUGGCUUUCGGCCUCUACGGGGCCUUCCUCUCGGCGCACCUGUUGGCGCAGAGCCUCUUCGCGUACCUGGAGCAUCGCCGGGUGGCGGCGGCGGCGAGGCGCGCGGCGGCGCGGGGGCACCUGGAUGCAGCCACCGCGCGCAGCGUGGCGCUGACCAUCUCUGCCUACCAGGAGGACCCCGCGUACCUGCGCCAGUGCCUGGUGUCCGCCCGCGCCCUGCUGUACCCGCGCGCGCGGCUGCGCGUCCUCAUGGUGGUGGACGGCAACCGCCCAGAGGACCUCUACAUGGUCGACAUGUUCCGCGAGGUCUUCGCUGAGGAGGACCCCGCCACGUACGUGUGGGACGGCAACUACCACCAGCCCUGGGAACCCGCGGCGGUGGGCGCGGUGGGCGCCGGAGCCUACCGGGAGGUGGAGGCGGAGGAUCCCGGGCGGCUGGCGGUGGAGGCGCUGGUGAGGACUCGCAGGUGCGUGUGCGUGGCGCAGCGCUGGGGCGGCAAGCGCGAGGUCAUGUACACAGCCUUCAAGGCGCUUGGAGACUCGGUGGACUACGUGCAGGUCUGUGACUCGGACACAAGGUUGGACCCCAUGGCACUGCUGGAGCUCGUGCGGGUACUGGACGAGGACCCCCGGGUAGGGGCUGUUGGUGGGGACGUGCGGAUCCUUAACCCUCUGGACUCCUGGGUCAGCUUCCUAAGCAGCCUGCGAUACUGGGUAGCCUUCAAUGUGGAGCGGGCUUGUCAGAGCUACUUCCACUGUGUGUCCUGCAUCAGCGGUCCUCUAGGCCUAUAUAGGAACAACCUCUUGCAGCAGUUUCUUGAAGCCUGGUACAACCAGAAGUUCCUGGGAACCCACUGUACUUUUGGGGACGACCGGCACCUCACCAACCGCAUGCUCAGCAUGGGUUAUGCUACCAAGUACACCUCCAGGUCGCGCUGCUACUCGGAGACACCCUCCUCCUUCCUGCGCUGGCUGAGUCAGCAGACUCGCUGGUCCAAGUCGUACUUCCGUGAAUGGCUGUACAACGCGCUCUGGUGGCACCGGCAUCACGCCUGGAUGACCUACGAGGCGGUGGUCUCGGGCCUGUUCCCCUUCUUCGUGGCGGCCACGGUGCUGCGUCUGUUCUAUGCGGGCCGCCCGUGGGCGCUGCUGUGGGUGCUGCUAUGCGUGCAGGGCGUGGCACUGGCCAAGGCGGCCUUCGCGGCCUGGCUGCGGGGCUGCCUGCGUAUGGUGCUGCUGUCGCUCUACGCGCCCCUCUACAUGUGUGGCCUCCUGCCUGCCAAGUUCCUGGCGCUGGUCACCAUGAACCAGAGUGGCUGGGGCACCUCGGGCCGGCGGAAGCUGGCCGCUAAUUACGUCCCUCUGCUGCCCCUGGCGCUCUGGGCGCUGCUGCUGCUUGGGGGCCUGGUCCGCAGUGUGGCACAUGAGGCCAGGGCCGACUGGAGCGGCCCUUCCCGCGCAGCGGAGGCCUACCACUUAGCCGCGGGGGCCGGCGCCUACGUGGGCUACUGGGUGGUCAUGUUGACGCUGUACUGGGUGGGCGUGCGGAGGCUUUGCCGGCGGCGGACCGGGGGCUACCGUGUCCAGGUGUGAGUUCCAGCCAUGCGGAUGCCGCCUCAAGGGUCUUCAGGGGAGGCCAGAGGAGACCUGCAGGGCCCCCGAGCCACGAGCUUGCUGGGUGGUUCUCUGGGCCUCAGUUUCCCUCCUCUGCAAAACGAGGGGGUCAGCAGCCCAAGAUUCUUCAGUCUGGACUAUACUGGGACUGGGACUUCCGGGUCUCUAGGGAGGGGUAUUUAUUGGUCAGGGUGUGGGAUUUGAGGAGCGGAGGGGAAAGGGUCCUGCUUUCUCCUCGUUCUUAUUUAAUCUCCGUUUCUACUGUGUGAUCAGGAUGUAAUAAAGAAUUUUAUUUAUUUUC